AUUUUUUCAGCCCUAGUCCUGCUUCGCAUACCCCUUUUAUCCGAGUCUCCUCUUCUAAAACAGGAGAGUUAAAAGAAAUGCCGAGAUCCUCACUUGCUUGCUGCAAGCUCUACAUCUCCGAAAGCCGAAAUCUCCUGGCACUGGAAUCCAUCGAACAAGCUGCAAGAUUGUACCCAGAAGCUAUCAUCAUUAACAAGUUCAUGGAUGAAGCAUACAAUCGAGUCGGAUAUACUCUCGUUUCGUCCAUAAGUAAGAAGCCAUCUCUCAAUUCUGCUCUUGCCAAAGCUGCAGUUUCCAUGGUUGAAGCUGCCUUGAAAUCCAUUGAUCUUGGAAGCCAUUCUGGAACUCAUCCUCGACUUGGAGUUGUUGAUCAUAUCUGCUUCCAUCCGUUAGCUGAAUCUACACUCGAUCAAUCUGCAAGCCUCGCAAAGAUCGUGGCCGAAGCUAUCGGCCAUCGUCUUCAAGUCCCCACCUUCUUGUAUGGUGCAGCUCACGAGGAAGGAAGAUCUCUUGAUAGCAUUAGAAGAGAUCUGGGCUACUUCAAGCCCAAUUCAGCUGGGCACCAAUGGGCCAGUGGGCUUUCUGUAGAUUUAUCUUUCCUUAAGCCCGAUAAUGGCCCAUCUCAAGUGGAUCCAGACCGAGGAGUGGUGGUCAUCGGAGCUACACGAUGGGUCAGUAACUAUAACGUGCCGGUCCGGUCUACCGAUAUCAACGCGGUCCGUCAGAUUGCGAAGAGAGUCAGCGGGCGAGGAGGUGGGUUCGAGUCGGUCCAAGCUUUGGCGCUCGCUCAUGGCGAAGACUGUUUCGAGGUGGCGUGUAAUCUUCUCGAACCGGACCGGGUUGGGGCCGACCGGGUUCAACUGGAAGUCCAGCGACUGGCCGCUGAAGAGGGGCUGGUUGUGGAACAGGGAUACUACACAGAUUUCUCGCAGGAUAUAAUCGUCGAUUCUUACUUAGGGAAGAUGGUUGAUUAGAAGUUUGAAGCGAAUUUAUAUUUAAUUAUUUAUAUUAUGAAUUUUAAUAUUUGCUUGA